UGGGAUGAGAGGGUGUAGGCAAUGUUGACUUGAAGAGAAUGGCAUCAAAAGGACAUUGGAAGGGUCCAUGCCAUGCUAUCAUUGUGUAAUAAGCCAAAAAGAGGGUGUUGCCUCUCACCUCCAUCAUUCAUUCGACCCAAGGCAUCCAAGAGGAGUAAAAGAGCUCUGCAACUCCAUUCUUUCACAGCUAAUUUCGAGCUCAAGUCCAAGGCAUCCAAAGAGGGAGUUUAAAGAAGGGAAAAAGGGAAGAAAAGGUGUGGUGAUUAAGGCACUUGUAAAGGGUGAUUUAAGAACUUUCACGAAGUUGAAAGAGUUACCGGAGUUGUCGCCGGAGUUCAUCAAAGUUCGCCGGAGUUUCACCGGAGUUCAACCGGGAAGGGUAGAACUUCAUAACGCUCAUUCGAGAAAUUGGCCCAGUGUAAAAAAAAUCUGGCCCAAUGAAGAAAUAUAUGGCCCAGUGCAAAAACAGUCCAGCUCCAAGUAAAAAAAGUGUUGCGCCGCAGCAGCUUCCAAGCCAGCGGGAGACGCAGGCCAAUUCUCAACUUCCUAAGCCGGACGCCUUUCACGAAUCACGCACCACGCACGUCUCAGACGGACGUCUCCGACUCGUCGUGUGCUCGCCGACUCGCCGGAGACGCAUGCUAACUCAGUAACUCCCUAAGCUGCUCGGGCCACUCGGGGUCUGCUCCUGCUCCGCUGCUCCCCUGUGCGGACUGCGCAGCACUCUUGGACUCCAAAAGCCGGCUGAUUCUGCUUCUCCUCUCCUCAAUCUUACAUUCUUACUCCUUCAAGAGUUCAAGCCAAGGUUGAAGCUAAGGCUAGCUAUCCACAUUUUGCUCGGUGAAGUAUUCUAAAGGAAGACGUGGUUCGUGCUUCCUUUAUUGUUUUAAACUACAAACUUGCUCAUGGAUACUUUGUAAUAAAUACAUUUGUUUUGGGCCUGCGUGCCUACGUUUGGCCAUGUGUGGUCCAUGAUUGAAUAUUGAAUAUUUCCGCUAUUCAUUCAAUCCCAAGAUGUGAUGUUGUUAUGUAUGUUUACUUACUGAGUAUGGUAUGGACUAUGUUCAUGGACGCCUUGUGUGACUAAGUCGCGUUGACUUGCGAGUGACGUCAUUUAGUCAUACGGCGGUUGUACACGCGCUCAGAUGCGGUCUGGGGUGUGAC